AAGUGAGACCUACAUAGAGGUUUUUGUUUCAUGUCUCUACGACAUUCCUACUGGGAGUUAGAGGCAGUUUUGUCUGUGUUUUCUUCCUAGGGGUCGCUAGAGCGCAAUUUGCGCAGUUUUGGGGUUUGGUUUUUUGAUUAGAUCGCAAUUUUCGCCCGUCCUGAUGUGUGUGUCCAAUUUGGUGAGUUUUGAAGCAUGUUAAGGGGGUCAAAUUACAGCUCAAAGAGGCGGCGGUAUAAUAAUAAAACACUAGAAAUAGAACAGGGUCCUCUAUCCCAAAGGGACUCAGUCCCUAAAAAGCGCUUCUUGCACAUUAUUCAUAAAAUGACAUGAAAAUUGCAACAUUUUCAACAGUUUUCCCAGUUUUUUCCGCCUGUCCAAUGUUACCUUAAUUGUAUGAAAACAUGACAAAUUCCUGUCAUAAAACUUUCAUGCCAAAUAAUUGCUCAUUUCAUGUUUCUGGGUGCCGGGAGGCCAGGAUGACUGAGGGGCAACAUCGCGUCACAUUUUGAAAUGUGAAGGAAAGAAAGGCAGCGAUGCAUCCGGCAGGCGGCGACGUUUUUUUGAAACGCCGAACUUUGAAGGAGGAAAGGUUUGGAACGCCAGAAUGUUCAUCUCUUAUUCGACCCUUUUGAGAACACUUCCCUCGGUUUCCACGGUGACAGGAUCCCUCCUCCUCCUCCUCACCAUUAGUGUGUCCACUCGCUCCUCGUCGUCGCCGUCAGGAUGGGAGAUAAAGGAACCAGAGUGUUUAAGAAAGCAAGUCCCAACGGGAAGCUCACCGUCUAUCUGGGGAAGAGAGACUUUGUGGACCACGUGGACCGGGUGGAGCCUGUGGAUGGCGUGAUCCUGAUUGAUCCGGAGUACUUGAAGGAGAGAAAAGUUUUUGUGACACUCACCUGCGCUUUCCGAUAUGGACGCGAAGAUUUGGACGUUCUCGGGUUGACCUUUCGUAAAGAUUUGUUUGUGGCAAAUGCGCAGGCGUUUCCUCCUCCCCCUGAGGAGCAGAAGACCUUGACUCGCUUGCAGGAGCGGCUGAUGAAAAAACUGGGAGAACAUGCGUACCCCUUCACCUUCCAGAUCCCACUCAACCUGCCGUGUUCUGUCACCCUGCAACCUGGCCCUGAGGACACCGGCAAGGCCUGCGGUGUGGACUUUGAAGUGAAAGUCUUUUGCGCCGACAACGUGGAAGAAAAGAUCCACAAAAGGAACUCAGUCCGUCUCGUGAUCAGGAAGGUCCAGUUCGCCCCAGAGAAGCCGGGGCCGCAGCCCACCGCCGAGACCACCAGACAUUUUCUCAUGUCGGACAAGGCUCUGCACCUGGAGGCGUCUCUGGACAAGGAGAUCUACUACCACGGCGAGCCCAUCAGCGUCAAUGUCCACGUCACCAACAACACCAACAAGACGGUGAAGAAGAUGAAGGUGUCAGUGCGACAAUACGCCGACAUCUGCUUGUUCAACACCGCUCAGUACAAAUGUCCUGUUGCUACCCAGGAGUCUGACGACGUCGUGGCCUCCAGUUCCACCUUCUGCAAAGUCUUCACCCUCACGCCAUUUUUGUCCAACAACCGGGAGAAGCGAGGCCUCGCUCUGGACGGCAAGUUGAAGCACGAAGACACCAACCUGGCCUCCAGCACGCUGUUACGUGAAGGAGCCGACAAGGAAAUGUUAGGCAUCAUCGUUUCCUACAAAGUCAAAGUGAAGCUGGUGGUCUCACGAGGCGGGCUCCUGGGAGACUUGGCCCCCAGCGACGUGUCGCUGGAACUUCCUUUCACGCUGAUGCACCCCAAACCUCUGGAAGAAUGUCUUCUUGGAGAGGAGGCACCUGAUGAAGCACAGACUGACACCAACCUCAUCCAGUUUGAAGCAAAUGACGAUGACAUCAUCUUUGAAGACUUCGCUCGGCAGCGCCUGAUUGGGGCGAAGGAUGAGGAAGACGAAGAGCCGCUGGCAGAUUGUGUCCAAGUGAACGACACAUAAAGGUGAAGAUGGGCGCCACCUGCAGGAAAACAACACUCGUCAUCGUGGUCUUGUUCGUGUUGUAGAAUACGUCGCUCGUCCUGCGGCCCAACAAACUUGUGCUGCCAGGCGACAAGACCACGGUCCUAAAUCCCCAUGACACGCAUGAACUUUUAUCGAGGCAACGGAUCUCAUUGUGCUUUUACUUUGGACCGCCUUUAUUGUGAAAGGUCACGCUACGAUUCUUGCUAUUUUCUUACAAAUUCUUCACUUGCUUCUGGCGGAUCGUACACAAAACUACAAUAAUUACAUCUUGUACUGCAGCUACAUGGAUUAUAUACUCACGGCAUAUAUAAUCAGAUUAUAUAUUGUACUAGUACUUAUAAUAUACUACUUUUUAUUUAUAUAUGUAUUCCGUGCACAAAUAUCUAUAGAUUACAAGUCUAUAGCUACCAUAUAUAUUCUAUUGUACUAGUACUUAUACUAUAUACUACUUUAUAGAUCACAAGUCUAUAGAUAUAAAUGUAAUAGUAUUUAAUUUAAAAAGUACAAGUUUAUAGAUAUUAUAUAUUGUACUAAUAUUUAUAAUGUACUUGUGUAAUAUAUAUAUUAA